UCCAGAUGGGGGCAGUAGUGAGGCGUGUGACAAACUCCGGACUAAAACAAGACGAAUAGAGCGAAACUCAAACAAACCUGUUGCUGCUUACUUAUUUUCCUUUGUUCCCUACUCCCAAGUGUUGUAGGGGUUUGUUUCCUUUUUUAUUUGUGUCAACCAAGGUAGUUUCUCGUCCAAUUUACCUUCCACUUCCAGUCAACAUUAACGUUAGCAGCUGUGUUUACUGUUAUGAUGAGCGCCAACCGUGUCACAGCUCCGACCAACCGCAGGAAUAAAUCUCCAGGGAACAGAACCGGUCAGCAUGGACCCUCGAGAGCCAGUAAAGUAUUGGCUGAAAGGAACCAGGCGGUGGUGGCGGUUGGAGCCUGGGUGGAGAGCGGACAGAAUUUCUUGGAGCACCCGGCUGACCUCGCCUUGCUAACCGAGGAGCUGCAGGCACAAAAGAGAAGGGAGAAUGAGGACAACCUCAGGCGGUUUCAGGAUGUAGUACGACAGCGAGUCGCACAUCGAGCUCACAUUCGCAGCAGGCAGCAGCCUCGCACACAUCCCUCGAUAAUACCUCACAGAGGAACCCCACAUUAUCAAGUCAUGACCCACCACAUGUCUACCAAUGAGGAGAACAUCCCCUCAGGAACUGCUGCGCAGCACAGCAGCUCUCCGGAGUCGAGCGAGCCCAUGAGGCAGGUCAGACUCAGACUGGCUGCCUGUCGGCUGAUCCAGCAGGAGAAAACGGCGUCAGAUCUCCCAGGAGGCAGAUGGAACAUCUCUCCAAGCAGACACCAGAGAGCUGAUGCUCAUGUGCAAAGAACAGAGGAGGAUGUUCUGGAAGAGGAAGAACAGGAAACGAGCCAUGUUCCUCUCUUUGGUAGUCAACAUGAAUGUCCUCUUGUUCAGCAGAAGAUAGGCGGACUUGCCCUGUUGGAUCUCAAUAAUUCACACUCGGAUCUCAGUUCUAACCUGAACCUUAGAGUCCCAAGGGUUCUCUGGCCGAUGACAGAUCAAGAAAAAAUGAAAAAGCAGCGGCAGUCUCAGUUCUUGCUGCAUCGCCGUCUGGCCAUGAACACAGAACGGGAGCAGGUGAAGGAGAACAAACAACUCAGGAAACACCUGAAGAGGACUGCAAGGAUCAAAGCAGAGAAGGAAAAGCUUCGUCAGGAAGAGGAGAUGAAGCUAGAGAGAACUCGGAUGCUUGCAGAGGCCAAACAGAGGCUGGAGGAGCGAGAGCUGCUGAUUCUGGAGCAACUGAAGCUAGAGGAGGAGGGAGCUAUGCAGCUGCAGAGGAGGAACAGGGAGGAGAAGGGGAACAACUCUGCAAGGUUUGUUGAGGCUCUCAGAGCUCAGAUGAAGGAGCGCCUGUCUCAGAUGAAGCAGGAGCUCCCUCUGCUCUGCUGCUGCGCCUCCUCUUUUUGGGAUUCCCACCCUGACACCUGCGCCAACAACUGCAUCUUCCACAACAAUCCCAGAGCGUAUGCUAAAGCUCUACAGUCAACAAUGGUGAGUUUGGACUUACAGUAAAGGAAGCUGCGUUGUCGGAUGGAACUGGCAUCUUGCUCUCUGGUCUGUCAAAUGUUUAAUUAUGCUGUCUGUUAGCAAACAUUUUGCUAACUAUUUUAUUCACUGUAUUUAUUGCGAAUUAUAAAAUUUGUACAUGUGUGAACUGUGUACAUGUAAUUAUUGACAAUUUUACUAAGUCAGUAAACAAUCAGAGAUUAAGUACCUGUUUAAACUUGAACUUUGCUCAUUUUUGUUGGGUGGGGUUUGUGAGAAUAGAUUGAUAUAUGAUUUUUUAAGGAAGUGUUAAAAAUAAAGUCUCAGAUGUUUCUGUGUGCA